UUGAACACUAUCAAAGUUUACAGGUUUUCUUCUUCUUCUUCUAUUUGGCGUAACGUUACAGGCUUUAAGAAUUUUAAAAUUCUUUCAGAAAAAUUAAAAUACAUAAUUCGUGGGUGCAAAUGGUUAUGUAUCUGAGCCUCAAUAUUAUAUACAUUCUAGACAUCCCUUAUGCCGAAUAUUGUUAUAUACUAUAGACUCAUACAUGUGCAUUUAUGGGUACUGCAUCCGCAUUAGGAUUAGGGUAAUCAUCGGUGCUACCCAGGGCGAAGGGGAAAAUAUCAUUCUAUUCGGUGCUUGCCUACGUUUUCCUACGAUUAUUCUUGUUGCAGAAUGUACCCUUCGGAGAGUCCAAGUGAACGUGAGAGCAAAGGAUGCACACACAUUUAUUGUAUUUAUUUUCUGCCAGUCGUGUGUUGUGUUAGGUCGUGUGCCACUGGAUUUUAUUGCCCUAGACGCGAAAAGCCGGACAAAACGUAAAGGUAGAGAAUUCGAUGACAAAAAUCAACUGCCACGCCGAUGUAACAUUCAUUCGUCACUGAAUAUCGUAUGUGAUAAGAUCAAAUAGUUGAAUCAACAGACAAGUUUUGAAAAUUCUUGUGAAAGUGAGUGAGAAUAUAACGUUAUAAUCGGAAAGCAUGGCAGCAGCACAUUCGGUCUACAAUGAGUAUCAAUCCAGCUAUUAUAACUCGUGUUACAACUAUUCUCAACGUGGGCCAGAGCAGUUUAUUCCAAAUUAUUAUCAAAAAGCACUUCAAUAUGGUGACAGUAAUAUGAGUAUACCACAAUCGCAACUCUUGCAAAACUCACAAUACGCGCAGCAGUCACAACAGGAAAUUCAAAACAUAUCAUCCAUAUCGUCUUCAGCUUAUGGAUAUUCGGCUACGGCGCAAUAUAACCAUGAUGAGCAAUUUAGCUCGAAUUCGUUACAUACUAGACAUCACCAAUUAGAAAAUUAUGGAAAUCAGUUUGAUAGUUAUUACGGCUAUCCGUAUCAAACCACUGCCCAUUAUAGUUUGUGUGGAGCACAAGAACAUCUCGAAGAAUACCUUUACAAACCAACUGAAGUCGAACGCUCUAAUGUGGAAAAAAGGUCUUGCGAGAAGAGUUGUGAGACCAUCAAACCACCUGCCAUGAAAAGAAAGAUCAGUGAGAAAGAAACAAACGAUAAUGAAAAAGAUUCUCCAGCACUAAGAGCACUGCUAACUAAUCCAGCCAAAAAACUAAAGUACAACCCUCAUUAUGCUCAUUCCAUGACGAACGAAUCUAGUCGUCGCAUCGAAGCUACGUUCGGAUAUAAUAAUGGCUUUCUUUCGCCUGCUGCAAGUGACCGCAUUGUUCCUGACAUUGUACCAUUAUCACCCAACAAAACCGAUGAUAGCAUUGAUAGCUUGUUGGAUAAUUCGUCCAAGCAAGAUAUAGUAACGAUGCAAUGUGUGGACUAUACGUUAAAUAGUCUGCGCCAAAUUACGGCCACACCAAAGUAUGAUGGCGUUAGCACUCCACCCCUUUCUCCAAAGAAUAUGGAAAGUGCAAUCUCAUCUCAAGGAGUAGAGAGUAAUUCUUGGACCCAAAAUAGCGAUCAUGAAGAUCAUCCUAAAGAAUCAUCUAAACGCACUCGACAGUCUUAUUCCCGUCACCAAACGAUAGAAUUGGAAAAGGAGUUCCAUUUCAAUCGGUAUCUUAAUCGGAGACGUCGUAUCGAAAUUGCUAGCAUGUUGAAGCUCACCGAAAGGCAAAUCAAGAUUUGGUUCCAAAAUCGCCGCAUGAAGGCAAAAAAGGAUAAUUCAGCAUCGGCCAAUACACCAGAUCUGACAUAUGAUGGUGAAAUACCACAGCAAUCUUUAGAAUCUAUCGUAGCAGUUCAGUCACAACAUCAUACUGCGUCUGAUUCGCAACCAUUGUCGAUGAAUACGUCGGCUAGUACUGUUACUCAACAGGUAGGCCGUCAUUGUGAUCAGCAAAUGAUGGACGGCUGGUCGUAUCCUCAUUCACACUACUCACAUAACCAGUAUUAUUACAUGCAAAAUUAUUCUAAUUAUUCGCAACAUAAUUUUCAAACUGCGGGUCCUAUUUCUAGUGGCCUAUACAACGGGCAUCAUCCACAUCAAACAAUUGCAACUUACAUUUCAUCUCCGAGUCUUACAUGA